CAGCCAGCGACAGCGUUUUAUCGCGUGCCACGAGUUGUAGCAGUUCGUCUUUAUUCGCGACAAAAUACUCAAUUUAUGAGUAAUAAUUGAAGUAUAACUUGGCUGAAAUUCUGAGGGACUCUUUGAAUAAAGUAUGGAUGAUGAAGAGGAAACAUACAGACUGUGGAAAAUUCGCAAGACUAUCAUGCAGCUGUGCCACGACAGAGGCUACCUGGUGACCCAGGACGAGCUGGACCAGACUCUGGACGACUUCAAGAGUCAGUUCGGAGACAAACCCAGCGAGAGUCGACCCAGACGCACAGACCUCACCGUGCUGGUGGCGCACAACGAUGACCCCACCGACCAGAUGUUUGUUUUCUUCCCUGAGGAGCCCAAGGUGGGCAUCAAGACCAUCAAAAUGUACUGUCAGAGGAUGCAAGAGGAGAACAUCACACGGGCCAUCAUUGUGGUCCAGAUGGGCAUGACGCCCUCUGCAAAACAGUCUUUAGUGGACAUGGCACCUAAGUACAUCCUGGAGCAGUUUCUACAGCAGGAGCUGCUCAUCAACAUCACAGAACAUGAGCUUGUGCCAGAACAUAUCGUGAUGACAAAAGAGGAAGUGACGGAGCUUCUUGCCAGAUAUAAACUCAAGGAGAGUCAGCUGCCUCGGAUCCAGGCCGGAGACCCCGUGGCUCGCUACUUUGGCUUAAAGAGAGGACAGGUUGUGAAGAUCAUCAGACCGAGUGAGACAGCUGGGCGGUACAUCACCUACAGACUGGUCCAGUGACAGGUGACUCGUCCAUGUCAGCCUCUCUUGUAAAAAAUAUUUCUGUUCUACUUAUGACCAGUCAGAGUGACUAUCAAUAUUUAGCAUCCUAGAUGUCACUGUGGAACAGUCGGAAGACGUUCCAGCCACACUCAUCAUCCCUGGAUUCCUCUUUUGAUUGUGUUAUAUGUCUUUGUGUUUCUAUUCUAUAAAUUUGUUU